AGGCUGAUAUUAUGUCAAGUAUUUCUCCCCCGCCGACCUGUGUGACAUCGAUCGCCACUCACGCUCCCUUCACGUACAAUUCUAGCUACGAGGACCCGUCCGCUGUAGUAGUUUCUGUUAUCGAAGGAGUUUGUGUAUGUGUUGUUUUUGUUACGCAACUCGUCGAGUUUGAAGUAUUUUGAUCUACCGUCAGUCUUAGCGGAUAAUAGCCUUGUGCUAUUCUACUUCUUGUUUCCCUUACAACAAUUAAUUUCGAAUUCACAAACUCAACUCUCUCACACUUAAGGCGAAAAAAAAAUUACAACAAUCGAUCGAGUCGGAGCUUUUCGGCAACACAAUUCAUUUUCAAAAUUUCUCCCCCGCCUACUUUUACUUUCCUAUCUCUACCAAGCAGCCCUCAGCUGCAUCAAUUCAAAAAAAAAUAAAAAAAAAAGCCUAUUUCGUUUUCAAUUUCACACAAGAGUACUACCCCUUUUUGACUUGUUUUACAUUUAAACUUAAGCAUUACCCUUUUCUUUAUCGUUAAGCAUUGCCGCAUUUCUCUUUAUUUAGCUUUUCUUGUUGAACAUUACAUUUAAAUUUACAACUUAUCUCGGUCUUUCUAAGUCUUUGCAUUCCCACCAUCAACAUUUUUUUUUUCAUUUCGCAGUAUAUCAUAUUCAUCCCUUGCAAUUUCUCAUUCUGUAUAUAUCUUUGACCCAAAUUUACGACUCCAGAUUGCUCCCCCAGAGCAUAAAAAAUUUAAAACUUCAAUAAUUCAUACGAAAAUUUGUUCAAAUAAAGAGGUGCAACGAGAAGGAAAGCACCUACCCCAAAAUCAAGGAGCGAGGAAAAAGGUGAGGAGGCUGGUAAGCGCCAAGAACCGAGCCGUCACUAACAUUCAGAUUUAGCACCCACCCAAAGACUCGCAAAUAUCAAAACCACUCUUGUGCCUGCACGACCACAUUCACAAGGGGUGAAGCCGCGUAGUAUACGACCGCCAGAUAGCUGCACAAAAUUAACAAUCGCGUUCAAUUGAAGAAGCAGGCGGGUCGACAGAAAGCAACUUCUGGUAGGUUUUCUAAUUGAAAUUGUGAUUUACAAUUACAACUCAGAAACUGCAUUAUUUUGCUUCGUCGCUUUGUUUUCAUAUUCAUUCCAUGAGUACACCUAGAUUUCAUUUGUUGUCCAGAAUUCACGAUCUCAGUUCGUGCUCGCUGUGGCACAUCCAAGAGAACUGAGUUAAGGUUUUUCCUUUUAUUUUUAUUACAUUGCAAUUAAAUUGAAACUAGGUCGUGCAAGGAGGACGGAAGCACGUCUCAAGAAUCGAGGAGAAUAAACCUGAGGAAGCAGCUGCAGCUGGGAAACUACGCCACGAGCAGACUCAUCAUUCAAGAAACAGCUCAGCCGCGAACUAAGAAUCCUACAAAAAUCAAUCUCGUGCUGCAGCAUACACGACCACAAGAACAUUGACAAUCGGAGGCAUCGAAAAAAAAAAUCAGGCGGACCGAGGUGUACAUUCGCUGGAAAGAACAAAAUCGAGUCCAAUUCGUGGCGCCCUGAAGGAAGCAGCUGCUGGGUCGAAAGCGAGCAACUAGUCGUGCUCGUAGUAGGUUAGACUUGUUGUAGUUGCGAUUUCACAAGCAACGACCUCUGGCUUCAUCUCUCCGCAUGGACAAAAAGCGCAUCAACAUGUUCAUGUACAACGUCGACCUUUUCUUCCCUGCGGGGCGGACUCUGCGGAAGUCUUCAUUCGCCGUUUUUUCUCUUCUUACCAUCGAGUUCGGAUUUCUCCUUCCCACUCAAGGACGACAAACGCAUCAGGCCGGGUCGCAAGUCGAAUCCGGUACCGCGAACGAGAGCGCAGAGGGAAAGUCGUCGGACCGGCCGAGCAUUGCAGCGGACCUGGAAGUUCCAACUCCAAGUGCUGCGGCAGGGGCGAAGGAACAGCGAAAGUCGGGAAGCAAGAAGCAUAUCAAAGAAGAAAAAAAGAAAAAUCCUCCUCACUCACCAGAGAGAAGGGACGCGUCUCAUAAGCAGGGCUGGGCUCAUGUUGUGCAAAGAAGCACACACAGCGGUAACUCCGCAAGAAAAACUGCGGCUGCACAUUGGCCGCCAGGAGUAGGAUUAAAGGCUCAACAUGUAGUGCAUAGAGUUGCGUUCCGGCGGUCGCAUAAAUUUGUCUGUGCCUACAACUUUGUACUUUAGUGGGCAGCUUGCUGCAAACGUGGACACAGUUGAUGUAUGAAGAGAUGUCGAGGAUCAUGAGUUUUCUUGUUCUUCCCCAUAUUAAAACGGAAGUCCGGCAAGAAGAAGCGGAAGAAGCUAUCAAGCGAAAAAGUUUUUGCUCCGAUAUUCAUGCAUUACUUUUUUACGUUAGAGCCGCAGAAAAUUCUGCCCCCCCCCCCCACCUGCUUGGCACGGAUGAUGAGCAGGACGAUACAGUUGCCUGCUGAAUUUUGGUUGUGCUUUUCGCAUAGGAUAACCCUCUGUGUAUGUGCAGCAACGCGCCCUAUCGGUGUUGGCAUUUAGCGCGCCCAGGAUCGUGAUCGAUUACGUACUCGUGACAAUGGACAUGGGCACUUUUUCGUUGGAUAAACGCAGCGCGCCUACUACGACGAGUACACGGAGGAGACUGACAAUGAUUACUACGAGUUUUAUCCAAGCGAAAUUUUGAGUUGAUUCGAUUUCUGCAUCGAGUUUUCUUUUUUCGUAUGAUGUAGUUUUAAAUUGCAGUAAAAGCACCGCAAUGCCUCAGUGUCUGCACCUGCAGCUCGCUGCCCAUACGUCGUAGAACAGGCCGCUAGAACAGCUAAGCCUGAGAGAGUGGACUUGCAGCUGCCCCGUCUCCCGCAGGCGGAUCCAGACUAUGCAACUGACUCAAAAUUGCGAAGUGAUGAUCUCGAGCGCGCAAAAAUUACCAAUAUGAAGCUUUGGGGUCGAGUUGUUUUUCCAAAGUUGUCGUUGCCCGAAUUCCUGACUUUUUUAGAUUUGUCAUGCUUCGUUGUCGUUGAUACUAUUUUGUGUGUAUUUGUAUUGAUGUAUGCACCAACAUUCUUGAAUUGAUCUAUUCCAGAGCGUGCAUGUGUUCAAUCUGCAUGUAUUCGAAAGCUGUGUGAAAAUUAUGUAUUAGAAAAUCAUACUGCGAACAUAAAUUGCAGUAGGAAGUUGGAGUCAGGCGAAGCCUGUGAAGUCAAUAAAUGGCGCAACAUCAAUGUAAUGAAUUGCAAAGUCAAGCAUGUCAUCUUCAAAUGCGAUGAGGCUGAACACAUGGAGGUGACCAGGUGAAAAGCAAAUCUGUUUGUCUGCAUAAACAUGAUCCAGAUGUCGGAGUCGAUGCGGGAGAAGAUUGCUGAGCAAGAAAAGAGCCUACAAGGUGGAGGCCCACGCCUAUCCAGUGAAUGUUUGCUUCGUGGAUCAAGUCGCUUCCGCUGUUGAGCUGAAUAUGUGGGCUGGUCAUGACGGCAUGUGCUGCCAUAUAGACGCGACAUUGAGUAGUUGAGUUCUUGUUAUCAUACACAGAAGAGGUUCGGCUUCGCUGGUGGAUCGCGGAUACUAAUUUUAUCCCUGCUCUUGUCGGCCUUCAUGGUUUUUCGUUGUUGCAUUGGAGUCUCGUCAUCGUCCCUGCACUGGAGCCUCAGCACCCAUGCCCUCUUAUGACGAUUGUCAGAUCUUUACAUGGCAUAGAUUGGCAAGGGCAGCCAGUAGCAGGAAAACGUACUGCUUGAUCUCGAAUUUCAUGUGGAUGCUAGGAGCAGAUGCAGGACCAGAACGAGGCGCCGCAGCAUGCUCAAGUCAAACAAGAGACUAGCAACGCCAACGCAGACGUCAAGAGUGGAAUCAUGCAACUUAUCCAGAGAAAAGUUAAAUUUGUCACUGCCAUCGUUUUGGCAUGUUUGUGCUUAAUUUUCGCCAAAAAAGAAUGCGACAUUUUCUACAUUCAUCAGAAAGAUGCAUGCUCGCGGCCACAAAGAUCAAGCGCAAUCGUUUGCGAGUGUGUUGGGAACCUGCCUCUCUUACGUUUUGCUGAUCAAUGUUGGCUGCCUUUGUCUAUCCUCGCCACGCCGCGACAUGCAUGCUGCUGCUAGUUUGCAACUUGUUGCAUGUGAAGCAGCUUCGUUCGCUCUGUCGAGAAAGUAAGUUUGUUUUAAAAGCAGUUUUAUAUUGGAAAUACUCACUUAAUACACUUGUAAAGUAAGCGCAGCGGUGACGGUCGCGCAUUUUCUGAGAAUACGGCCAAGACCCAAAAAGAGGUCAAGGACGGCGCAGGCAAAACCGAGCAGUGGGAAUGAUGCCGUGGGCUUGUCAACAACAACAGCAAAAGGCGGAAGCCAACUUGAUGGGCGGCAGCCGCAACCGCAUCAAGAAGAAGUAUCUACAAUACUCGGCGUGGACGGCGCGCGUGGUCAUGAUGUUCACGACGUCAGAAACCGCCUCGAUGUGUUUUUAUCUACUGUGACCUCCUUGCCUCAGAAGUGGGCAUCGCUUAAGACCGGAGAGGAGUAUAUCAACAGGGGUAUACCCGAAGACGAAAUGCUGCGCACGCGUGCAUUGGUCUUUCCGUCGGUUGCUAGAGCCUUUAAUAAGGUCUACGGGGACGGUUUCGUUUGGGCCGAGGCUCUCACCGACGCCGAUAAGCCAGCCAGCUGGCAAGCUCUCGCGAUACGUGAGACAAAGAAGAAUGUGGAGGAUAAGAUCGGAGGCGCGGAGCACGUGGGCGACUUCGUAAGACUCUACGUUCGUUAUGCCAAAAGACCUUCCGUCGUGUAGUCCUCUUUAUCUUCGAUUUGCAAUUGCAUUAACGAGAGGUAUUUGAAGUGCGUACAGCAGCUGCAUGGCGUAGGCAAAGAUUGAGAUUGUUGGCAGUCGUGCCGUUCGCUCAAUAGAAGCUCCGGACGUUGAGUUCGAGGCUGCUUGUUUUUACUGCGCUAUCGACGUAUUUAAAAACUACGCCUACCAGGAAAUCCUGGGAGCUGAUUUCUGUAAGUCGCGUGCGUAGGACGUGUAGUCAGACCGGGACUAUCGGUCAAAACGCAGAUCCUACGCACCUGCUUCAAAAUUUUUGAAAGCCGAAGCUUUUAGGAACUGCUCUGGGAACUAAUUUCUGAAAGCUCUAAACCACGCUCGCAGAGCUAAAUUAACAGCUUCGAUGUUGAAGGUCAAUCUUCAAAAGCAGCCGAAGGGCUCAUCUGCUCCGUCUACGCUUUCUCUUUCGGUGGCCUUAAGCUGAUGCCCCUUCGUCCGGAGCCAUCUGCUGUGUCAGCGUCUGGCCACCGAGGACAAAUAAUCAACUCGGGCUCAGGUCAGAGCGUUUUAUUUGGCCGCCCUGACCAUUGCACUCGGCUUUUCUAUUUCGGCCUUUUUGGUCGCCCCUUCCUCAUCCACUGCUGUGCAGAGCGAAGCGUUGUGCUCGAAGUGGUGGCAAAAAAUAGCUAUACAUUAGUUCAAAGCUCCAGCUCUAGCAGCUGUACUUAUGUGUAUUCCUGAAGCUGUUUUAGAAUGACGCUAUUUCCUAAUUGUAAGAAUAAGAAAGCCCUACUUGAUGUAGUUUCUCACUCUCGUUAUGAGCCUUGCGACGGCAUUGAUGCAGCUGCAGGUCGAGGUCAGUAUCAGAUUCCGCGGCUUUCUCUUCUGGCAUAGCGCAGCACGUGAUGUCAUUGAAUAUUUCAUCGAAAAAUGGUUGCCUGAAUACCGGCAAGUUGCCGAGGCUGCCGAGGCUGCUGCUAGGCUAAAGACACCUACAUCGACAGCUGAAGAAACAAAAGCUGAAGAAGCAGUUCAGGCCGCAGAGCAGAAGAGCCAAGAGUAUGGCGAUUUUUCGCAAUUCCGCCUCAGUCGCGAUAGGGAGAUGAUGGCGAAUAUUGGGAACACAUGGGAACAGACGAGUAUGAGAAUGACUUCUCGUAACUACAACGGCGUAGUAGGGACUGCGGAUAUACCAGAUAUGGACGCCCUGCGUUGGUUGGUGUUGGAAGGUCCGGCAGAGAACUUCGCCCGCCAAAAUGAAAAAAAUCCAAUAAAGCGCGGAGACAUUAAUCCUGUGAUGCGUGUUCUUUCUCAGGACAUGGACGCCAAACAGCAUAUUCUGGCAAAUGGUGAUGAGUGGCUGAAUAACUACUUGAAGACCAAGCCACCUGCGAUACAUCUUGCACAAGAUGGUCUUGCGACGACAGUGACCAACAAGCAUAAAGACAAUGGCGCGGGCUCCGAGACCGAGAGUGAUCACGUCCAUGUCGUUGAGCUGAAGGAGCUUCAGGACUUGAAAAUGCUCUAUGGUCGCCACGAGACUCAGGACCAAGCAAAAAAGCUGGCGAGAGUGUUGCUCUUGCGAGCUUCCAAAGCCAAUGCUCAACUGAAGCAACAAGUUCAUGAGGAUAGAGCACAGGAACAGGCUGACACAAGGAAGGCGGCGACAAGCCUUAGGGAUGAAGAUGGAUCUGACUCGGACAGCAGUGCGCAGCGUUCAGAUCAGUCCUCACAACCUCCCAUCACUCUCAGCCAAGUGCUAAUUGUGGAACAAAAUCCGAGCGCCAUAUCACAUGAACAAGAAAAUGGCAGCGACCGCGUCGACAGUCUAUUUCAUAGCAAACACGCAAACAGCAAACACAUAUUGAAUUGAUUAAAACGCUGCCCUGUGUGAUUUCGAUUUUCAGAUGCAUGCAGCACUGCUAUGCAUGGGAUGAUCCAGAUUUGCCUAGUGAAUCGACGCAAGGAAGGGCAUGAUAUUGUGGGCUUUUCAGCGAUAUGCCCCCUCGCGCAUAUUUGCUUUACGGAAGCUGCACACAAACACUUUGCUGGACCCGCUGCGCGAUUCCUGUGUGUUAAAGCGAAAUCGAAAAAGAAAAACCUAGCUGUUGUUAUUUCUGAAUGGAAGAUGGCACGCGGCCCCCUGCGAAGUCAUGAAUGAAAAAAAAAUCGAGACAGUACGACAUCCUCAAAGAAACACAGGGGCAGCAUUUUUCAAUACGAUGCCCCGGAGCACCAGAACAAGACGUAGCGGCUAGAUGCUUGUGCUACCGUACACGAUCGGGCAGCUUACAAAUUGCAUCAUACUCACGCGACGAGAUGACUGCCCAAGGCAUUUCCAUUGACUGGAGCUCGCCCACGCACCCGACUUUGAAGAAAAACCAUAAAGGCCUAGGCGGGGCGGUUAGACCGGACAUGACACGCGGGGUCGAGUGGGCAAUCGAUGGAGAAUGCCCGACACUCAAACACAGGAGCUGCACUGAGCAGGCCGAACCUGCUACAAAGCCGCGGGUGGUGCAAAUUUUUGAGCCACCAGGCUGCUUCGGCGCCCGUGAUGCAAGAAGCACACAGACACAAGUCACCGCACUGCAUCAGGAGAACGUUGAAGAGUUUCAGAAGAUUUCCGGCCCUGCACAUGAAGUCGAGGUAACGGCAUGCGUUUUUCUUCAUCCAUACGCUACCGCUAGCGCGAUUUAUACUUACACGCGGCCACGUCAGAUUCUCAUCAUACUUACAAAACAUUGGAGUGCAAGAAGUUCAUCGUAUGUAUUGCAGUCUUGUGCGAGAAUGGCGAUAGACAGCCCGUUUCAAAGAUUUCAUGUCGUCUCAAUUGAUAUUGACUAGAAUGCGCGGUAUUUUAUAAUUGCGGGGAGCUUCCUUUUUUGAGGAAAUACGGCAGGUGAAAAACGCACUGGCUGAGGACUGGGAAAAAAUGCGUUCUUUGUUCCUACGCUUGCACAGUACCUGAAAAGCGAGGGAGCUUGUUUUAGCCACUCGUGGCGUCGACGUGCCUGUGGCGACAGAUCGCAGGGCAGCUUUAGGGGACUUGGCUUUGCUGGGCCAUCGGCAAAUAAAAGAAUAAAAAAGAAAAAAGCUACGAAUUGCAAAUAAAAGACAUCCGUCGCAUGCCCGGAUGUGCUCACCCCGACCCGUGCCACGACUUUUUGCUCUCCUCCCGAACGACCCGGGCGCGAGACGGUUCUCCCGGUCGGCAAUGCCCGGCGUGCGCCGUGCGUGCGAGCCAGAGUUAGAGGCACUUCCUGAACAUGUAGAGAUUCCAGCGCUCAUUUCUGGUUCAGCGCCUGGCGAGCUCAGGCACUGCAGAUUGCGGGGGACUCUGGCGUUGCUAAAUUGUUGAGUAGACACAUUGAUGUGCGACGUACUUACUCUCAGGAAUCCAAAUAGCGCGCAUAAGAGUGACUCGCCCGCCUUGACAAGCGAGCACUCGACUGAUUUUAUUCGCGUAAGACCGUGGUAGAAAAGAUCUGCACUGCACGACGAGAUUCGCCGCGCGGAUUUGUGUUUCACAGCUGUUGUAUGGCAAAUUACUAUAAUUAUCUGCCUUGCAGACCUGCCAUCGUCAUGAUCGUCUUGCAAUUUUGUUUUUUUUGAUGAUUCUCCACAUUGCAAAAGCAAGUGUGUCUUGGUGAAGACAUCGAAAGAAUAAGUCUCUGCACCAGUUCUUUAAGGGCAUUUAGCGGGAAGGGUGGCUGCUGCAGAAAUGAAAAAACGCGGCGCCGGACUAGCGAAAGGGACGGACCGAAAAGGCCAACAGGCCCACGCUCCGCCCGCGCACGCUUCUGGCGACCUCUGGUGUGUGACGGCACUACAGCAAUGUGGUUGAGAGGUCGAGGUGGGCUAUCUGGGUGUCUAGUAGUGUAUCAGCCUGCGAUGCCCCUCUACGUGGGUGAUUGUUUUAUCUGGGCCUAGCAUCUCCUACGCGGAGAUAAAAGCUCCGGCAAGACUUUGAGACGCCCGAUGCCUCUGCCUGAACCCCGUGGCGCAGCCAGCAAAGCUCAUUGCUUCCUGGACCAAUUUGGAUAGCAGUAGCACUCGGCGGCCAGGACUGCUGUCGUGGAGUGAUGUGUUGAGGUCGCGUACGUAGGGCUCUUGACGCUGUGCUUUCCCUUAGGGCCGAGCAGCUUCUUUCAGAUUCAGAUCGCCACGAGAAUCCAGAGCGAAGCUGUGUUGCCUUCUCUUCCGCGUUGCUCGAAUCGAACUCGUUUAACGAAGCGCAAAAUGAAAAUAUGUUACUUUAAAGAUGACAACACACAUUCACACACCAGGGCAAAAAGGAUGUGUGUCGGCAGGAGAAGACCCUGGGGAGACUUGCCAGUAUGGAGUGGCGCUACAUUGCCGACCUACUUCCCCCGUUGAAAAUCAACACGGGAACGACGAACGAGGCAAAAGGCGAUAGGGAUGUGCUUUUCGAUCUAAUCGCGAAAAAAAAUCCGCAGGAGCUCGGCAACGCCGCAGGUGGUGGCACCGGUUACUAUAAUCUCUUCAGUGUCAAGCGAGCAGGCGAAGCGUUUGGGUUCAGAAUCGCAACCAUUUCGUCUGACACGGAGGUCGACGGGCUUCAUAAAGUUGUGGCGAUCAAUCAUAGUCCUCUCUCGCCAACUUGGAGGAUGGUCCACAACAAGUUGGGAAGCGCCACAUGGUUUCGCGUGGACAAAACGAGCGGAGUCGAGUUUUACACAGCAACGCAGCAGCACCCGCGCUGA